AUGAAUCAAAUAGCUAAAAUAAAUAAGAAAUAUAAUUAUUUCUAAUUUAAAAUAAAGGAUAGAUAAUAAGAUUAUGGAUAUAAUGAAAUAGUGAAUUUCAAUUAAUAUUAUAAUUAGUAAUUGAGGAUUAAAGAAGAAAAUAAAAUGACUGGAAUAAUUAUAAAGAAUCAGAAAAAAGAUUCUUAUUUAAACUGA